AUGCCCGACUAUAAAACAAAAUUCAAUCAAUCAUGGUUAAAUAAAUUGGAUAGUAAUGGAAAUUCAGUAAAAACGUGGCUGAAACAAGGCUCAUCGGAAACAACAUUUAUUUGUACAAUAUGUCGUACUGGUGAUCUAGACUGUUCUAACAAAGGCUGGAAAGCUGUUGAACAGCACAUGCAAAAUGAAAAACACAAAAAUAAUUUAAAUGCUCUGAAGAAUAAUUCACAACUUACCUUUUCAAUAUCGGCAACAACAUCUUCCACGUCGUCUACACAUACUAUUCAACUAGUUGAUCCUAAUAAACCUUUGUUAUUCGAUGAUCAAGUAUCACAAGCUGAAAUUUUAUGGGCGCUGAAGUCUGUUCAAGAUGCAUUUAGUUACAAAAAUUCUGAUGACGUCGGUGAAUUAUUUCGUACAAUGUUUCCGGACUCAAAAAUUGCUCAGAAAUUUUCGAUUCAACAUUCAAAAAUGUCUUAUGUUAUUUCACAUGGUCUUGGACCGUAUUUUCGUGAUCUAUUAAUUAAAGAUAUUAAAAAUUGUGAACGAUUUGUUCUUUGUUUCGAUGAACAAACAAAUAAUCAAAACAAGAAACAGCUUGAUUUAUAUUUUCGAUAUUGGAGUUCACAAAAAGGACUUGUUGUUACCAGAUAUUAUCGUACAAUUUUAUUAGAUCAUGCUCAAGCAAAUGUUGUUGUUGAUGGUAUUUUAGGUACUUUUCGCACUGAUGGUAUCGAUAUCAGCAAGUUGUUAAUGCUCAGUCGAGAUAAUCCAAAUGUCAAUAAAACAGUUGAAAAAAUGAUCAAUGAUGCUAUGAAAAAGGUUAAUGCUGAACUAUUAAACAUUGGUACUUGUAAUUUACAUGUUAUUCAUAAUGGAUUUAAAGCAGGGACAACUGAAACGAACUGGCACGUUGAGAACUUCUGUAUGAAUAUUUGGUCGUGGUUUCAAAAAUCACCUGCUCGACAAGAAGAUUUUGAGAAUAUUGUAGAUGAAUUAAAUGAAGCGAUCAAAAAAACAAUUUUAUAUUUCUCAAGUACACGAUGGGUUUUACUCGGAAAAGUAAUUGAUCAAGUUCUUAGUAAGUAAUAAAACACCACACAUCUCUCCUUCCAAUGUUUUGCUCUCUUUAGAGCAAUAUCAUGUGUUUCGUGAAUAUUUUCUCGUUUAUUUACCAUCAAAACAACAGAAACAAAUACAAAACAAUUCUCGUUAUGAU